CUAGACAGUAGACACAUUAACUUUAACCGAACCUAACAAGAUUAAAUAAUUUGUGAAAUUGUAUAUCUUCCUAAUGUUUUUGAAUACCUAUGUAGCGGAAAUUAGACUUGCCGGAUUCGCUUCAGGUACAUUUUGAAUGUUUUUUUAGCUUGAAAAAUAAUAAUAUUAUACGAUAGUUUAAAUAGACAAAACAGCUUUAUAGUAAAUGUUGCGUUUCGUUAAUUUCAUGCAUUUUUUAUGCUUCAUGGUUUUAUUUAUUAAUUUGAUAAUAAUAUUAUUAUAAAAAAACAUAAUUUAUCUAUAGGUAAUGCCAAAAAGAAUUUCGAUGUUCUCAGGAAACAAUGUAAGUGUCUACUAUCUACCUAGCUAAUAGAUAAUAAUAUUAUUACUAAAAAGCUUGAAAACUUUAAAUAUAUGGCAAAAGAGGAUGCACCAGUAACUACUAGUAAUAUUGGAUACGAAUCUAAAUCUGAGGCACCAAGGAAAAAUGAAGGAAAAAUAUUUUAAAGGAUUUUUGGGACAGUAAAAGAUAAAGAAACUGAAGGAAAUAGAGAGCUAUAAUAAGCUAUAUAUAUGUAUACAUAAUAUAUAACGUUUGAAGGAAAGUAUGUUUUAGAGAAGAGCAAAAAAGGAAUACCAUGUUGGAUAGACAUAUGCAUGGAGAAAGCAAAACCUGUUGUAGGUGAAAAGUUGGGAAGGUAGAGGGGACAUUUAUUGUAUCUGUACGCAAAGACUAAUUAUUGCUAACAAAAAACGAUUCUGAGUGGAGUUCGGUUUUGAAAUGUCGUAGUAUUUACGAUUUGAAAAUAAUAAAUUUCGUAGAUUUCCCUGGUUUUCACAGAAAAAAAAAGAAGAAAAUAAACAUCAUUGUAAAACCAAUACAUUCCUUGCUCCGCUCGGAAUCUAAAAAAGCCCAUAGUGAUUUAAAAUAUUUUUUCGACAUUUUACAGUUGGAGAAGAAAUCCCUAGUAACUCGAGUUAGUAUGUUUUACCAUUUAAUUUUUUUAUGACCUUUUUUUUUAAUAGUUUAUUUAAACUAACACUACAUCUUACUAUUUAUUAUUAUUAUUUUAUUUUGAAAAAUAAAAUGUACUUCUGAUACUUUACAGUUUUCUUUACGAAUAUUUUUUCUUUUUUCUUUUUUUUAUUGAAAAUACAACGUUCCGAAAGAACCUUAAUAAAUAUUAUUUUAUAGAAAAUAAAAAUAUAUUUAAAUUUUCAUAUUUUCAAAAGAUAAAGUAAUUCCCUACACAGAUAUUUUAAUCGUAGAUAAUCAAUUGAAUAACAAUUAAACAAAACUAAAGAAAAAGUGUGUAUGUAUUUAAAAUAAACAUAAAAAAAAUAAAGUGUUAUGUUAAUUGUAUGUAUUUUUAGAUGGAAAGAUACCAUCACAAGGGGUUUUAAAACGUAAACGUAAGUCAUUCUGUGUAAAUUAAAUAACAAAGUUGAUUUUUUUUAAAGGUAUAUUAUUAAAACAUUUAAAUGUCUUGUAUUAAUAGCAAAAUGAAUAAUUUUAAUGAGAACUCAUAACUUACCUAUUAAUAAAAAAAAAUCCGAUACUGCUGACUGGUUUGCCACUGUUGUAGGUAGAAAGUUUGGAUAUAUUUAGAGUUAUUUAAUUUAUAUUUGUAAAUGAAAACAAAUAAUUAGUAACGAAAAAGCGAAAAAACUUGAUUUUUACGAUUUUCAAAAUUUUAAUAUAAUACAUUUCAAAAAAUUACUACUACAUUAACGCGCGACUUUUUUUUUCACCAUUAAUCACAACUUCUGUGGACCGCGUAUACAUUUUCAAACAUUGACCAAAAAUUAUAUUCACAUAAAUUAAGCAUUUUUUGCAAAUUUCAGAUAUAUACAAUAUUAUUUUUAAUUGAAGUACAAUAAAAAAGUAACCGAAACUUUCAGUAGCGUGGGAAUUAUUUUUCACACGGGGAAGGGAAAACAUCUAAUUCAUAUUUUUUUGGUCCCCAGGAAUUACGCCGUAAAUUCAUCUUUGGCAUUUUUUUUACAUAAUUGUUUUAUUUUUAUUUUUGUUCGAAAUCUCAUAAGUGAAUGUAAUUUUAAAAUGAGUGUACCAUGUACACUUGUACCUUUAUGUAUUUAAAAAAAGGUAAUUUGCUUUUAUUGAAUACUAUACAACAUUUAAUUGACUAAAGCUCAUCUUCCAGGGGACCAAAGAUUUUAUUGAUACCUAGGUAUAACUUUAUACUAUAAUCUAUCGACGUCUUAUUAAUCCAUACAAUUUCUCAGUGCCACCGAUCAAUUUUGAAGUGUAUGGUAAGUCAUAUUCUGUUUUAUGUUUUUCCAAAAGAAAUUCGAUAACAUUUAAUAUGGGUGCUGUGGAUAUUAUAUUAAUUUGUGUUUAUAGAAUAUAAUAGAUAAUUACUGAUAAAAAUAAGUGUCGUAUUCCAUUGCUGAUCCGCAGAGAACGGGCCACCAUGUCAGACAAAUACAGUAUAGGUUGGUAAAUAUUACCUAUGUCCGUCAAUGUACAAUGUUGCCGUUGGUACCGGGUGCUGAUUGGUAUAAAGCGGCCCAUACACGAUCAAUAUUUGAUAUUGACAGUGUAUGGAUCAUAUUGAAGACGUGUUCAAUAUAUUGAAAAAAUCAAAAUUAUUUUGAUAUUCAUUGAUAGAUUGUCAAUAUUAUUGUGUUGCUGAUUUACUUUUACUAUUUGAUUGCGGACUAGGCGACUUAGUAAUGAUAUAUUGAUCAAUAAUAUUGGCACGUUGGCGGUCGUCAUCAGUGUUCGUCAACACGUUGACAAUAAUAUUGGUCGACAAAUAUCGAUCGUGUAAUAUCGGGCCGCUCAAGACAGCGGUGUUCGUUAUCUAUAAUGGUUUAUCGGCGGCGAUAAGGUCUGUCGCGAACAUUCUGGAUUAUUUCUUAGACCCACCGGAAAACAUAAGCGCCCACAGGUGCGUUUCUUUUCGGAUUCCGAAACGUCCGGCGUGUUUCGUUCUUUUCUCUUUUCAAUAAGAUGUUACAUAAUAAUAACGACGUAUCAGCGGUGGUGCGAUAUGAGGAAGCCAUGGUAGCGUCCCUAAGUCGACGGGCGUGUUAUUUUCUUGACGGGCCAUCCGGUUACCAGACGCGCGAAUCGAUGCGACCGUUGUGGCGAGUGUUCGCCAUUGCAAAUGCGUUCAGCAUUCUACUCCAUUCGCGGCACGUUUGCGGCCGAGCGGUCGGCUGUCGGUGUGCUGAGCGAAGGUGAGGUCGGGGCCCAAGGUCAAUAUGGUGCAGCUCAGUGAUCGAGGCCAGGUUUAUUUAUUUAAAUAAAUAAACGGAUUAAAUAAUCCAAUUACAUAUUAUAAAGAAAAACAGUGAUACAGAUGAUAAUUGGUUACAUAAUUCAUAAAAAAAAAUAUGGAAUCGAAUGGAAACGAACAGAAUAUUAAACAAAAUAUAAGAAUUAAACUACAAGGAUUAAACUUAAUGUAAAAAUGUAAGGUGUAAUAUUAACAUAAAUUUUUACCUAAAAUAUAAUAAUUUAAAUUUUGCUUAAAUGAGUGAAAAGAAAAUAAGUCCGUGUUAUAUUUAUUAGUUAGCUCCAUAAUACGGUAAAUCGGACUAUUCAUCGCAUAAUUAGUUCGUUGGUUGGUGACAUAGAAUGUAAUAUGAGAUCUGGUGAAACGUUGCGGGACUAUAGAGGACAAAAGGCUAAGCUACUUAGGAUAAUCAAUAUUAUUAUGGACAACAUUUUACAAAAAGUACAAAUCAAAUUUUCUUCAACGUAAUUCAAGAGAAUCGAAAAAUAGAAUAUCCAAAAUAGAAGCGUAAGAAGAGUGAGGAACACGGGCAAUAUUACAACGAUAACAAAGAAAAUUUAAAAAUUUGUUUUGUAUGGUUUCCAAUGACGAUUUAUGUUUGAAAGAGAACGGAGACCAUAUGAUAGAACAAUAAUCAAGAGUGGAUCUAACAAAGAAUGUAUAAAUUAGGUGAAGAGCACUCACGUUAUUGAAGUUUCCACAGGACAAUUUGAUAAAACCAAGAUGUUUUAAGGAUUUGUUUUUUUUAUAGUUCACAUGCAUAUCAAAGGUUAAUUUAUUAUCGAAAAAAACGCUAAGGUCUUUAAAGUUGUGAACUCGCUCUAAAGAUUCAUUAUUAGUGUAAUAGAUGUAAGGUAUAGUGGACCGGGGACGAUUGAAUGACAAAGAUUUGCAUUUGCUUACAUUAAGGGUAAAGAUAUUUAGGUCACACCAAUUUACGAGCACAUGUAAAUCAGCGUUAACGGGAUUAUGUAUUACGUAAGCAAUACAUAAUAUACAUUAAUAUACAACCUUACGUUGUCUAGGUUAUGCAGAUAGUUAUGCAAUGUACUUGCUGAUACAUUAUCAAUGUAAGUAAAUUUUUGGUAUAUACCUACCUAGGUACUCAUUAUACAAUAUACAUACACAAUUAGGCGUAGGUAUUCAAAAACCGUAUAAUAUAUUCAGUACCUAUAACAUAAGCUAGGGUAGAUUGAGUUCAAAUAGUUAAGAUGAAGGUGAAGGAGAAGAAGAAUUGGGGUUCAAAUGAAUCGAUAUAAAUUUACAUGUACAGUUCAUAAGUAUAAAGUAAUAUUGUUGUAUCUAUCUAUCUAAUCUAUCUAUUCAAAAUUAGGAGUAACCUUAUUGAAAAUAGUACCUAGGUAGACAUAUUUCUAACAAUAAUAAAGUCUUUUUUGUCGUUAUUUUUUUUAGGUAUCUUUCUAUUUUCCUUAAAUUUUAAAAUAUAAAUAUAAUCAUUAUAAUCAUUGAUGUAUUUACGGGGAAGGGUAAGGGGGUUUACACCUCCUUUUCGGAGGCAUACAGCAUUCAAAAUAUUUAUAGGUUAGGUAUGAUUUAGGUGCACUUAGCCGUAUAAACAAUGUUAAAUGCACCCCUCCCAAAAAAAUGUUGUAAAUAUGCCACUGAUUAUAAUUAAAGUUUGGACAAAGUAUAUAUCUAAUUAUAUUCAGGGAAAGACAAGAUAGUUCAAAUUUCAAAAUCAGUAUCUAGAUUCUCGAUACUAGAUACAAUUACAUUAAAGUAAUACAUAUACAAAAUAUAUCUAUUAAAUACGUAUGUAUUUAAAAUACUGCUAAUUUUGAUGGUAUUACCUUACUUAUGUACUUAAUCAAUUUUUACUAUAGUUAUCAAUGACGGAAGUAAGUUUAUUCUUUAUCUUUUUUAUUAUUCAAAUUAAACAGUAAUACACUUUGAAGUUCCAUAUUUAUGAAUCAAAAUUCAAACUAAUAUAUUAUUUUGUACUUAGUAAAUGGUCUUCUAGACGGGAUCAGAUGGUGUAAUGAAAAGCUCGGGGUCGGUACUGAAACGGAAGAGGAAAUCUCAUCCCCUUAUCAAAAUAUGGGAAACCAGUCCCCUUAUCAAAAUAUGGGAAACCAGUCUCCUUAUCAAAAUAUGGGAAAUCCGUUUCCAUAUCAAAAUAUGGGAAGUCCGUCACCUUAUAAAAAUAUGGGAAACCCGUCCCCAUAUCAAAAUAUGGAAAACUCGCCCAAUUAUCAUCCGGGAUAUCCACUCAAUAAUCAAAUAGGGGGAAAACCCCCCUCUAUUAAGGUUCCUAACAAAGAUACGGUAAACCAACCCACUCAUCAAAUGGGAUACCAGGGCAAUUAUCAAAAUCCCAGAAUGGUGCCUUCUCAAUAUAACAUGAAGAAUCAAGAUGGAUAUCAUAAUUAUUGAGAUUUUAUUUGUGUAAAAGUACUCUUAACUUAAUUUUUUUUCUUAUACAAUUUACAAAAAAAUACAAUAUUAACUACAUAUAUAUUAUCAUAAAUAUUAUCAAAAUAUCACAAUAUGUUAAUUAGUAUUUUGUUUUAUUUUGUUGUACUUAUUUGAUUAAUUCUAUUAAACAAAUGUUAUAAUGUUUGAAUUAAAAUAUAAAAAUUAUUUUACUGCAACAAA